CAAAACAACCAACUAAACAUAACAGAUUACAUCAGCUCAGGCUUUUCAAUUCCUGGAUGGCAGCAGAGUGCUAAUCCAACCUUCAUCCUGGAUUUCAUAAACUGAAACAAGGGAGGCUGGCAGGAGCAGCGCUGCCGGAUUGAGGAAGCUGACGACGGUGCAGCAUGUGGGCAACACACUGUAUAAAGCUCAUAAACUUGUAGGCUGAUGUGUGCAGCUACCACUUUGGAUUCUGUACUGCUGCUUCCCUCGGCACAAGGCACCAGCAGGCUGAGCAUUAAAGCCUGCUCUUCGGAACUGAGCAUUUACCCCUGCAAGACAUGAAGGGCUUCCUGUUUCUCACACUCCUCCUGAUGCCCGUGCACGCUGGAACUGCUUGGAGUGCGAAAUACGCAGUAGAUUGUCCUGAGCCCUGUGACAGUAACGCAUGCAAAAGUACCUUGCGCUGUAAGAGAACAGUGCUGGAUGACUGUGGCUGUUGCAGAGUGUGUGCAGCUGCUCUGGGGGAGACUUGCUAUCGUACGGUCUCGGGUAUGGAUGGUGUCAAGUGUGGUCCUGGGCUGAAGUGCCAGUUUUACACUGAGGAGGAUGACUUUGGUGAUGAAUUUGGUAUCUGCAAAGAGUGUCCCUACGGUACCUAUGGCAUGGAAUGCAGGAAAACCUGCAACUGUCCCUCUGGCAUCUGUGACAGAGUAACUGGGAAGUGUCUGAAGUUUCCGUUUUUUCAACUGUCUGCUUCCAAGCCUCCAAACCGACGAAAAAUCGUCUCACACACAGACAAUGACAUGGCAUCAGGGGAUGGCAAUUCUGUAAAAGAGGAAUUCGUUAAGGAGAAAACUAUUCGCUCUCCAGUAAUGAAAUGGCUAAAUCCUCGCUGAUAUUUACUCAUACUCAUAAGACUUUCAAGUGAAUGCAUUUCUCACAGAUUACUGAAUAUGCAACAACACACUUUAAGAACAAAGUAGAUGUAUAGCAUAUGAAAAUGUAACCUCUGAAGGCAAAUUGUUAUUCUGUUUCCAUGAGAAAAAUGUUUACUUAAAAAUAGACUGUACAGUGUAUAUGAUUUUUAAUAUUUGUUUUGAUAAGUAUUUGAACAGAAAUGUAUUGUGGAUUCCUGAAUGUACAGUAAUGUUAAAAAACCCAACACAAUUCAACCCUCCUCAUCUAAAUAAUGCCAGAGGCUGACUUUUGCAGCCUGAGGCAGGGAGAGCUCUCACUGAAUUCAGUGGACAGUUUGAGUGAGUAAAACUAUUGGUGUGGAGCCAAUGUGAAAGGAACUCACAUAAACAAAUCCCAGGAUAGCAAACAACACCCCUGAACCACAAGAAUAAUAAUAGCAUAGGAGCACAACAGUGUGAAUUAAAUAAACCAGUGUUAGUCAUUAGUCGUUUUCUGGUUUUUGGAAGUUUGGUGACAAUUCCUCAGAGAUAAACACAUCUUUCUUCAGUAAGAAAACACCCAGAAUUUAAGUUUGUACAUUGUGAAUAAUUUAAACAAGACACUGCAGCCAUAUAUUGUAUUUAGCUGGAUUUCUAAAGUUAAAUUCUGUACAGAGAAGCAGCAGCUUGGUAAAUUCUACAAUUUGUAGAUGGGGAUCUGAAAAGAAACAAGCUGUUUAGCAUUAUUUAAAUAUAUAUGUUUCUGUAAAGUAGCUACUAUGGUGUGUUAAGGUGAUGUCUGCAUUUCAUGGGGAACAAUGGGUCCAAUGCCAGAGCCUAGCAAAUGAACCUUUGUAAUUUCCAUCUUCAUUGCUGGCUGCAGCCCAUCUGCCACUCACAGGGAGUUCAUCUGGUUCAGUGCAGGGAAGGCUUGGACCUUCAUUAAGUGGUAGUAGUGCCACCACAGCCUAUAGUACAUAGUUUCUUACUUGCAUGAGCAAGCGGUCC